AUGGGCCAUUCACAGAACGAUGGCGAUGUCCUCUACGUGGAGUACUCCGGAGGAACAGCAACAGCAACCACACAACUCGACAAAGAGGCUUCUGUCCUGCCUCAACUCACCCCGGACGAAGAGUUGCGGGACAAGAAGGUUCGGAAGAAGAUUGACCUCCUCAUCCUUCCUCUAUGUACCUUGAACUACUUCUUUUCGUCGAUGGACCGCGGCGACCUUGGCAAUGCGAAGCUGUCUGGGUUCCAAGCCGACAAUCAUCUUUCCAAUGUAGAUUUCUCCACAGUUCUCGCCAUCUUCUACGUGGGCUACAUCAUCUUCCAACCAAUCGGCGGUCUGUCUAUUCGCUGGUUUGAACCGUAUCUGAUCCUUGGCCUGGCGAACAUGGUCUGGGGAGCAGCUACCAUUCUGAUGAUGACCUCGAAGAAUAUGCUUGCGCCGAGUAUUCUGCGCAUCAUCAUUGGUGCUGCCGAAGGCAUCACAGAAAUCAAUGGCGUCUAUCUCACCAUGUGGUAUACUCCUCGGGAGUACGCUGUCCGUGCUGGCAUAUGGUAUUCAUUCGGCGUCCUCGCAACCUGCUUCAAUGGUCUCAUUGCCUAUGGUAUUCAAGAAAACGCUACUUCAACGCUCAAGCCAUGGCGACUGCUUUUCCUAGUUGAAGGCGUGCUCCCCAUCAUUUUUGGGUGCGUUAUGAUUUGGCUCUACCCUUCCCGGCCUGAGAAAGUGAAGAAGUUCUUCACCGAGGAGGAAAAAGAACUUAUUCUACAACGCACUCGAAGAGCGUACAACACACCAGGUGAAAAGGUCACUUUGCGAGGCUCAUUGACCAUUUUCGCGCAGCCACAGCUGUAUGGCAUGUGUCUGAUUUAUUUUGUUGUUAUCUGGGCUUCGUCGGGAUAUAGCAAUUUUCUCCCGUCUAUUAUCAACGGUUUCGGCUACAGCACUGUCCGCAGUCAGCUGCUAACGGUUCCAUAUGCAGUUCUGGGCUUCUUGUCGGUGAAUUUAUUCUGCUUUGUCAGUGACCGCACGCAGCGCCGAGGUGUCUUCGUCCUCGGCCUUGCCACUGUCGCCUUGGUGGGCUUUGCCAUUCUUUAUGCUGUUCCCGACGCAUCUGGUCCUCGUCUCUUCGCCCUCGCUCUGAUUUCACUAGGGAACUACCCCCUGAUCCCCAUCAUGCUGACUUGGGUUUACGUCAAUACUAUUGGACUAUCACGCCGUGCCAUGGCUAUCCCACUGCAGAACGUUGCUGGGCAAGUGGGCGGCUUAGCUGUGAGCUACACAUAUAUCAACCCGCCACGAUACGCCAAUGGGACUUUGGCUACGCUCGUUCUUUUAGCGACCUUGUUACUUGUUGUGGCCGUACUUGAGUGCUACUUUUUUGCGCAGAACAAGAAGAAAGUCACGCGUAUCGAGGAAGACCCCGCCUGGUAUGAGGUGAAUAGGAACAAGGCGUUUGAUGAGUUGGGUACAGAGCAUCCUGAUUUCAGAUAUACCUUGUAG